UAGAGGAAAGCUUUAGAGCUGUUUCCGGCCACCUCAGCGGGAAGCGGAGACGCCAGCAGCUCGCUGUUGGGGAACUGAGCGGGAGGUGUAACUGGCCACCGCGGGAGAAGGGCGGGCAGUGACUGAGGCGGCCGGGUCUCCAUAGCCUGGGAAGAUGGUGCUGCUGACAAUGAUCGCCCGCGUGGCGGACGGGCUUCCGCUGGCCGCCUCGAUGCAGGAGGACGAACAGUCAGGCCGAGACCUCCAGCAGUAUCAGAGCCAGGCUAAACAACUCUUUCGAAAGUUGAAUGACCAGUCCCCUACCAGAUGUACCUUGGAAGCAGGAGCCAUGACUUUUCACUACAUUAUUGAGCAGGGGGUGUGUUACUUGGUCUUGUGUGAAGCUGCCUUCCCUAAGAAGCUGGCCUUUGCCUACCUGGAAGACUUGCACUCAGAAUUUGAUGAGCAGCAUGGGAAGAAGGUGCCCACCGUGUCCAGGCCCUAUUCCUUCAUUGAGUUUGAUACCUUCAUUCAGAAAACCAAGAAACUCUACAUUGAUAGUCGUGCUCGGAGAAAUCUAGGCUCCAUCAACACUGAAUUGCAAGAUGUGCAGAGGAUCAUGGUUGCCAACAUUGAAGAAGUCUUACAAAGGGGAGAAGCACUCUCAGCGUUGGACUCAAAGGCUAACAAUCUGUCCAGUCUGUCUAAGAAAUACCGCCAGGAUGCGAAGUACCUGAACAUGCGGUCCACUUACGCCAAACUUGCAGCAGUAGCUGUAUUCUUCAUCAUGCUGAUAGUGUAUGUGCGGUUUUGGUGGCUGUGAGGCGGAGUGAGCCUAGUCACUGGGAAGGGAGAACCUAGAACCCAGCAGGUGUAUGUUUUCAGGAAACUGAGCUCACAGGGCUGUGUAUUAGAAUCCAGUGGAACUUUUUGCCUCUAAAGACCUUGCAAGAAAAGACCUGUCCUGAAAAAUGAAAGAUGGCACCUUGUUUAAGGAAGCUUAACCCAUGUGGAAGUCUCUUUGGGGCAGAGACUUUCUCUGGGGGCUAAGCCAAAUGUAUUAGGGAACAGUAGAUUGUUUUGUUUCUUUCCCUCCAAGUACAUUUGUAAGACAGAAGAACUGGGGCAUUCUCUCUCUGAUGGAGCCAUCAGUGAAAUUUAAGGUAGCCAACCCAUGUUAGCAACACCCUGAAAUUCCCUUCAAAGAAGGCUUCACUUUAAUCGACAUUCCUUUGUUGGGGACAUUUGUGAUUGACUUUCAAGUGAGAUCGAAGUAUGCGAAGGUUGAUUGCUUUGAUGCACGGAUCCUGUGUGUUGGCCACUGUAGGAAGUUGACCUUGGUUGUUUUCCUUUCGUAUUUUGCUUAUUGCACAGUUGCUUUGGGGUUAAAUCAGCUACAUUAAUAUGCCUUGAAAUUACAUAGUAUUGCUUGACUAAAAGGCUGGAAUUUUUCUGUCAUUUACUCUUUUUGUUUCUUAUUUGUUUUUAUUCUAUUUUAUUUUUUGUUUUGUUGAGACAGGGUCUCUCUAACCUCAGCUGUCUUGGAACUCAUGUAGACCAGGCCGGCCUUGAAUUCACAGAGACCCGCCUUCCUCUUCAUUUACUCUUUAAGACUUAAAUCCUCUCGGGACAUAAUUGUUUUGGAGUGUGUGAUCGCUAUAGAGUGUAGCGUAGGGUAGUCAGAGGCCCUGCUUUAUGAGAAGAAAGGCCCAGCCCAGAACUCCAGCUUUGUCCUGCCCCUGACUCCCACUUUGUCCUCUAUACUUUUUCCCAUUCUUGGUUUUCUUUCCAUCAUAAUUUGCUUAAAUUCCUAGUUUCCCAUAAAUAUCCUGUCAGGAUAUUCCCAAAUUUCAAAACGUGACAUAUUCAACAGUGUGGUUAGUUAAAUGUAUCAUCUUUGCCGAUCAGCUACUCACUCACACUUACAUACCCAAGUACAUUAUAGAGAAUGUCUCUGAGAGCCCCUCAUUCCUGUUUCAGUUCUUGUAAAUUCUGCAAGAAUGUUCUAGGGACAGAGAACUCAUAACAAUGACUUCUAUUAACCAAUGAAAGUACAUAAGACUUCUUUCCCCUUUUUGCUCAGGGAUAAUGGGGAUUUCACCUUUUUCCUUCUGAGGUAGAAUUUUAUAAGUGGGAAGAAUAGGCCUCUUGAAUAUUAUCACAAGGGCCUAGAAUAUAACCUAUAACUCCUGCAGAUACUGCAAACAUUUCUUUAAAUUGUACUGGAAAAUGAGCCAACUUCUUGUUUCGUAACACCUUUGGAAAGACUUUUAGUAAGCAGUUUUAUAACCCUAGAGAUCAUCACCGCUGCCCGAUUCCUGGUGGAGGACAACAGUCUCCCUUAUGAGAAGGCCGGUAGGGAUGCUUAUUGUAUUCCUGAUAAUUACAGAACUAGAAUAAAUGUCUUCUAUUAUGAACGUAAAUCUGCCAAUUAGAGUUUUGUGCAUGAAAUACAAAUGACUUCUUGUAGAGAAUAAGUGCUUUUAAGUCCCUAAAAGGCUUAUCCCAUAAAUAAUGAUGUUGGCAGUACAGGCCUUUGGAAGACUGAAAACCUAAGUAGUCGCACCAUACUGUUUGGUGCUUCUCUGAGAAUGGAGGGUGGCAGCUCAUUGUUGAGAGUUGCAUGCUGCAACCUAAUGUCAGCAAUGAAAUAAAUACUUCUAGAACGUU